CGGGUUUUGUUUUUUCUCUGACCAUGGCGGAGGUGUUGUCAGCGCCGCUGCCGCCCCAGAAGCGCUUCUACCGGCAGCGCGCGCACUCUAACCCGUUGGCGGAUCACACUUUGCGCUAUCCCGCCAAGCCUGAGGAAAUGGACUGGUCUGAACUCUACCCAGAAUUCUUCACUCCUUUGACCAAAGAUGAUCAGCACAAUGACCCAAAGGAUGUGGAAGAGAGAGCCAAGCCUUCCUCUCAAGUAGAAUUUGCUGAUAUUGGCUGUGGUUAUGGGGGACUGCUGGUUGCGUUGUCUCCCCUGUUCCCAAACACCUUAAUGCUGGGCCUGGAGAUCCGUGUGAAGGUCUCGGAUUAUGUGCGAGACAGGAUCCAGUCCCUGCGAGUGUCCCACCCUGGGCUGUACCAGAACAUCGCCUGCAUCCGCAGCAAUGCCAUGAAACACCUGCCCAACUUUUUCCGCAAGGGACAGCUGUGCAAGAUGUUCUUCCUCUUCCCCGACCCUCACUUCAAGAAGACGAAGCACAAGUGGAGAAUUAUCAGCACUACCUUGCUGGCGGAGUAUGCCUACGUCUUGCGUGAACAGGGUCUGGUGUACACCAUCACAGAUGUGGAAGAAGUACACAAAUGGAUGGUAAAGCAUUUCCAAGAGCAUCCACUCUUUGAGCAAGUACCCUUAGAAGAACUGGCAAGUGACCCUGUCGUUGAUCUCUUGGGAACCUCAACUGAAGAAGGGAAGAAGGUUCAGAGGAACGGAGGCAAGACCUUCCCUGCCGUCUUCCGGCGUGUCGCUGACAAAACCCUGAAGGAGCCGCAGGACACAACACAGGAAGUGGCCAGGACAUGACCCGGGGGAUUUCCUAAGCCCUGACAAGACUCACGUUGUCCGUGUCUUCCUCUCAGUGAUGGGGAGAGGCAUUUCAGCAACAGUGGAAAGGACUUAAUAUCUAUCCCCAUAGUGGAGUCAACCUUCUAUAAAUAAUAGAGGGGAAAUCCCUUCAGAGAAACACUGUACAGUUGUGUAAGAGAGUGCCUGGAUCUCAUUGGUGUUUAUGUUGCCCAUAGCGGGGCCACAAUGCGUUAUCAUGACCAUAGUAGCUGAACUGCAAGUGCCACAAGCAUGGAACAAGUUCAGUGGUUAUAUGGGGUUCCCCACCCCACAGCACCUACUGUAACUUUAUUUUUGAAUAAAAAAUAUCGGAAG